AUGUCUGAUCAGAGUGAUAGCCAGAACAAGUUUGAGGAGCAAGUGAAUCUGAGUGAUGGCACUACUCCCUCUGGCAGUUAUGAUGAAGGCAACAGAAGUACUCCUAGCAACCUGCCUAAGGCUGCUACUAGGCAUGGGAGGAAGAGAAAUUAUGAUUCUGAAGAUGAAGACUAUGUGGCUGCCGAGGAGGAGGUCAACUCCAAGAAGAAGGUUGUCAAGAAGGAAUUUGGCACAGUUGCCUCUAGAAAGCCAGGUCUGAACAAGAAGGCUCCUGCAAAGAGAGUGCCCAUGUCUAAGGCUAGAGCCUCAACUCUUGAAACUUCCAAGUCAACUGUUGGAGAGGCUGCUAGUGAGGGCAAGAAGAAGAAGGAAAGAAAGAGAGGGAGAUGGUGCAAGAAAGUUGAUCCCUUGGCAGAAUUUGAGAAGCACUCCUCUUAUGAGGAAGAAGAGGAAGCUGAGGAUGCUGCAUCAGCACCUAAAGCUCAAAAGCUGAUGGGGGAUGCCAUCAAGUCUGGGGAUGCUUCAUCUAAGCCCAAUACUGCCCCCAAAGCUUCUGCUGCAGCCCCCAAGACUGCACCAAAGAGGAGCACCAGGAACAUACCAACUGUUAAGAAGAACAAGGCCUAG